CGGGAUGUUCCUUUAAAUGAACAAUUUCGUUUUUGAGUGAUGUAUCACAGGUUCGCCACUGUGUACAUAUGAAAAAAGAUUUAACAAACUAGCCCUUAAGGAGGGCGUAGCAGUACAACCUGUUUCUACAAUAUAUAGUAUUGAAUUUUUCCUGAUUUCUUUACAUCAUUAUGCAACUUUUGCUGUAUUUUCAACGAAAUGAAUGGAUUCUGUUGAUGCUAUUAUUGAUGUUCUGUAAUAUCAGCUGUGGAAAAGACUGUGGUGAGCCACCAGAUGUUGCUGAAGCCAAGCCUGAUCUGAAAGGGAAAAAUCGACCUUAUCGUGUUGGUACAACUAUCACAUACAACUGUUUUCCAGGUUAUUAUCAUCAUGGAGAAAAUACUGCGUACUGUGUGUUGAAAGAUAAAACUAGCAUAUGGCUGCCCCCUAACAUGAGUUGUGAACCUGUACAAUGUGGUGAUCCAGGUUAUGUGAGAAAUGGACGACAGCUAACUCAUGUUUAUAUCUUUGGUAGGAAUGUCACCUAUGUAUGUAACCCUGGGUACGAGCUGACCGAUGAAAGAGGACCUACAGGCAAGGAAGAAUAUACGAUGUGGUGUCUUCCUAGUGGAUUAUGGGACAAAUCUGUUCCAACGUGUAAUAAAGUCAUUUGUCCUUACCUAGAAAACCCAGAAAAUGGAAACGUUGUUUAUACUGAGAGGACUUACAGAGCAAAGGCACAGUACACAUGUGAUGAAGGGUUUUUACUAAAGGGUCCAGAAGAAAGAAAAUGCCAAGAGAACAAAACGUGGAGUGAGUUACAACCAUCUUGUACAGAAAUAACUUGUCCAACGCCAGUUCUUCCAGGAGGUCAAAUUUAUAACAUCUUAGGGGAUGACAACAAAGUUGGAAGUUUAGUUAUCUAUUCUUGUGGUAGAGGAAACCAGAGAACAGUUAAGUGUUUAAACAGUGGAGUCUGGAGUAGAGAUGCUCCAAUAUGUGCAGGUAGGUUGAAUUUAUUUAUGAACAUUACAAAAAAAUUCUAA